AUGCCUCGCACCUCCUCUACACUCGCCCGCUCGCGCACAACACGCCUGCCUCGAGCGAGCCAAGCGGGUAUCCAGAGUUUCGCAAGAGCGACCAAGCCCGGCCUUAGUACAUCGGCGUCCCUCAGUCUCAUAGACGGAAAGAAGGAUCUCGCCACUACCACCACCUCAACGCCCCGUCAACUGCCAGUCUCACCUUCCAAGAAGCGAAAACUGGGGGAGCUCGAAAAUGUCGACUUCACGAUCCGCGAGCAGCAGGAAGGCGAAUCCGGAAAUGACCCCGAAGAGAACAGCAAGAGCUCCUCCACAUUAACGCCCUCCAAAUCCCUAAAAUUCAGCACCCUAUCCGUCUCGACACCCAGUUCCAGAAAUGCUCGCAGGAGCGGCCACUAUGUCUCUACCCCGGUGCCAUCGCCAACACCGCGUCAAGCACGCUCAGCACGAACUCAACCUGAGCAUGAGGAUAAAGGCGGCAGUGUAUACACGCCGAGUACGCCGACGAAGCCGCGCGCUCCGAGACAGACUCAGCCGCUACCGCGAUCGAACGCAUGUAUUCUUCCUAUUACGCGUGCGCCCUGUGUGGCGGAAUUGGUCACGCUGCAUUCGGCGUUUCUUAAGGCGUUGACUAUCCAUGCAGCGCAUAAGGGUGUUGCGGCGCCAGCGGACCUGAGAGAGUUUUUGCCAAGUGUGGAGCGAAUCUGGAAGAAGAGGAAGGUUGUUGUCAAGGAUUUGCAGAGGUUGUUGUGGGUGCUGAAGAUGAAGCAGUGUGAGAGUGGCAUGGGGUAUCGGCUUGCGAAUCAUGGGCUUGGCCGAAUUUGUUUGGAGAAGGUGAAUGGGCGGAAUGAUCGCCUUGAUGAUGAGGGUGAUUUGCAGGCGCGGUUUGAGGAGGCGGUUGAUUCGCUCUGGGAGAAGGCCCUGGAUGAUGCUGGGGGUGAUGAGGGGAGUGUGGAUUUUAUGGGAAACCUCGGCCUGAUUUCAAUUGAAGAAUCGCUGGCACCAUUCACCGCAUUUCGAAAGGGACAGCAGCGGCUGCAGGAUUUGAAGGGGGGUGUUAUUAAGAUGAAGAUGCAGAAUUUUUUGGCUGAGGCCGCGGGCGACGAGACCUCGAGUACACCUGCGAAAGUGCGCAAUGCGACCACGAGUCGGCGCGAGGGGCUGCUUGAUCGAAUUAAGAAUAAGCAGUUGCGACAGUCGAAGUUGCCUCCGCCGCCGUCUAAGGAGGUUUUGCUCCGCCGUGCUGCAUCUGGACGUAUCGAGGAGGUUGCAGGCGUGCUGGCUCUUCUUCGACCGGCCGGGUAUGUGGGAAAUGGCCCACUGGCAAGGAUGGCGGCGCAGCGCACUCCGUUCUGUCUGGAGACCAUUGUCCGCAAUGUACAGGACUCAACUCGUAACCCAAUCUCGGAGCAAGACGUGGAAGCUUGCCUGGAGAUCCUUUCUCGUGAAGAUGUUGCCGGCCACUGGGUGAACAUUGUUGUCGUUAACCAGCUCAAGUCGGUCGUCUUGAAGUCCUGCGGCGAUGUCCAAUUGAAGGACAUUGGGGCCAAGGUGGCUCAAUUGAAGCCUGGAUGGGAAGAGUCUCCAAAACUCUUGGUCUGA